UCAGGAAACAGUUUGUUAUUCUUCCUCAUUAAAGAGAGUCACACAGACUGAAAACCAGACGAUCAGAUUCACCUUCAGAACAAACUAACAACUUCAUCUGAGUGAGUUCAUCUACAGGAGAGAAAAGUGGAAAACUACAAAACUGCUACUUCAACCUGCUGACGCUCCACACACUGAAGCUUCACUCAGAGACAAAAUGGCUUCCAGAUCAGAGGAGGAUCUCUGCUGUCCGGUCUGUCAUGACGUCUUUAGAGAUCCUGUUCUCCUGUCAUGUAGCCACAGCUUCUGUAACGACUGUCUGAAGAACUGGUGGAGAAAGAAGCAGACACGCGAGUGUCCAGUUUGUAAAACAAUGUCUUCAAUGUCAAAACCACCUUUAAACAGGGUGUUAAAGAACCUGUGUGAGGCCUUCUUACUGGAGAGAGAUCAGAGAGCUUCAGAGGCUCUCUGCAGUCUGCACUCUGAGAAACUCAAACUCUUCUGUCUGGACCAUCAGCAGCCAGUGUGUGUCGUAUGCAGAGAUUCAGAAAAACACACCAACCACAGAUUCAGACCCAUCGAUGAAGCUGCACGACAACACAAGAGGCAACUUCAGGAAACUCUGGAGCCCUUAAAGGAGAAGUUAAAGGUUUUUAAACAAGUUAAAGUGAAGUCUGAUCAAACAGCAGAACACAUGAAGGUCCAGGCUCGACGAACAGAGAGGAAGAUUAAGGAGCAGUUUAAGAAGCUUCACCAGUUUCUAGAAGAGGAAGAGCAGGCCAGGAUCUCUGCACUGAGGGAGGAAGAGCAGCAGAAGAGUAAGAUGAUGAAGGAGAAGAUGGAGGCUCUGAGCAGAGAGAUAGCAGCUCUUUCAGACACAUUCAGAGCCACAGAGGAGGAGCUGAGAGCUGAAGACGUCUCAUUCCUGCACAACUACAAGGCUGCAGUGGAAAGAGUCCAGCAGCGCCCCCUGCUGGAGGAUCCACAGCUGCUCUCAGGAGCUCUGAUAGACGAGGCCAAACACCUGGGCAACCUGACCUUCAACAUCUGGAACAAGAUGAAGGAGAUGGUCUCCUACACUCCUCUGAUUCUGGAUCCAAACACUGCUCAUCCAGAACUCAUCCUGUCUGAAGAUCUGACCAGUGUGAGAGAAGGAGGGAAACAGCAGCUUCCUGAUAAUCCAGAGAGGUUUGAUAAACUCUUGUCUGUCCUGGGCUCUGAGGGCUUUAACUCUGGGCCUCACAGAUGGGAUGUCGAGGUUGGAGACAGUAAAGUCUGGUUACUGGGUGUGUCAGCAGAGUCUGUCCAGAGGAAGGGAGUCAUACAGUCUGGAUUAUGGAUAAUACGGUUCUCUAAAGGUAAAUACUCAGUACGAUCACCAUCAGCUCCACACACUGAUCUCAGAGUCCAGAAGAAGCUCCAGAGGAUCAGAGUGAAUCUGGACUGGAACAGAGGAAAGCUGUCGUUCUCUGAUCCUGAUACUAACACACACAUACACACCUUCACACACACUUUCACUGAGAAGCUGUUUCCAUACAUUAUCACUGGUGGUAAACUGAAUAUAUUACCACUGAAGGUCUGUGUGACAGUGGAACAGAGCAGUUAAAGAGGAUGAUUAUAUUCAUCAUGUUGUUUGUUUCUUAAUGGGAAAGUCACUGAAUUUAACCUCUUAACCUGCACCUGUCCUCCUGCUGACUCAUUAUUCCAAAGAGAUGUUCAUUUUCGUUUCACUUAAUGUUUUUUUCAUUGUUUUAUUUUUGUUGUUGUUUAGUUGUUGCAUCGAUUGUCGACCUUUUCAUAUGUAAAAUAAUUGCAUUUAGUUUCUGAUCUUCAUGCCUUUUUUAAAAGCUGCUACUGCUGCAGUGCCUGUUAUGAGCGCGUGCCCGUUGCUUGGCCCCCAGAUGUGCUGCUUGCAGUACAUUAAAAUCAAUAUUUAAUUACAUGACAUUUUUACAAUAUGUACAAAAUAGACAUAUGAAAUUAUCCAAAAUAUAUGUACAAGUUUCUAUUUGAUGUCAUGAAGACAAGAUGACUGAAUGAAAACACAGUUUAGUCAGAGGAGUAGUCGUUCUAUUUAAGGUGGACUUAUCAGUUUAGGUUCAGACGUAAUGUUGGUGAUUUAAG